AUGGCCGCCGCCGCCGCCCCCGCCCCCACCCCAGCCGGCGGUGAUCCCCGCCCUGGACAUCUCUCCCGGUCGCAGGAAGAUCGGCGUAAGGAGGAGGAAGGAUCGGAUGAAUCGGAGGAAGAGGAGGUGGAGAGCGACUAUGGUGAGGAGUCGGAUGUCGACAGCCUCGCGGGCCUCUGCGACCUCGACGCGGGCUCCGACGAGGACCCCACCUUCGACCCGGACGCCGACGGGGACCUGGAGGUGGAGGCUGUGCUGCGGGCCAGGAUGAGCAGGAUGUCCAUCUCGGCCUCGGCACGCAAGGGCAGGAAAGGGACAGUGGUGCCGAAGAUGGGAAAGGAGGAGACUGACCUUCUGGUCAUGGUGGACAAGCUCAUGCAGGAUGGUCAGCUGGAAAAAUUGAAGGUUUAUGAAUGUAAAGCAUAUUUGUGGAUGCACAAAUUAAGGUUGACAGGCAAGAAGGAAGUGCUCCUAAAUCGAAUAAGAGAGCAUAUAGAGGUGAAAAAUGAUGGAGAGGUCAAGCAUCCAGUGCCAAGCUUUGUUCUGAACUGUAAAGGUGAUGCAUGCAAAGGUGAUGUUGUGAUGUUUGAGCAGAACAUUUACAGAAGGGAAAAGGGAGCUCCUCGUGAAGUUAAGGGUCGCUUAUGUGGACAAAGGACCAAUGCCGGUAGAAUAAUAAAGGAAAGCUAUGGCGCAGCAAAGCAACAACAUACGUUCAAUCCAUGGCCUGAUGAAGAAGAAAGAAAUAGGGUCAUCCAAGAAAAACAUGAAAGAGGGUUCUUGGCACGCAAGUCAAGAGCAGCCAGGAUUCAUGAAAAAGAGACUGAAAGGUUGGCAAGAUUAAAUAGGAUGAAGGACAAUAAGAUAAAAAAACAGUGGAACAUGAACCAAAAACAGCCACAACAAAACGUUGAGUCCACGAAUACUGUUCAGCAAAGGAAGAUAGCACAAUUUGAGAAGAAUAUUACAAAGAGGGGCUCUGUUCCUGAGACAAUCAAGAAGGCAAAUGAUUAUCCUGUUGGGCCUAUUCUUCUUGGGUUCUUUGUCUUCGUUGUCGUUGGAUCAUAA